AGGGCGGGACUUUCUGGUUUUGAAGCGCAUGAAGAAGCAGUGAAAAGUCCUUCAUGAUUUGUGUCAGCCUCCACUCAUUAGCCCUGCAAAGUUUGCUUGUUCACGUGAGUGAAGAAGACUGAAGCAGAAACUCUCUUGACAUCCAGGCAGCCUGCAGACUUACUCUGUGAUCGUAAACAUGGCGUCUUCAGAGAUUGCACUUUUGAGUGUGUCGGACAAAACUGGACUUGUGGACUUCGCUAAAAGACUGGUGGAUGUGGGUCUGUCUCUGGUGGCCUCAGGUGGCACAGCUAAAGCCCUGCGAGAUGCUAAACUGGCUGUCAGGGAUGUGUCUGAGCUGACUGGACAUCCAGAGAUGCUGGGGGGCAGAGUGAAGACCCUCCAUCCUGCGGUCCACGGAGGAAUCCUGGCCAGGAAGACCCCCACUGACUCGGCAGACAUGGAGAAACUGGGCUACAGUCUGGUCAGAGUGGUGGUGUGCAACCUUUACCCGUUUGUGAAGACCGUCUCCAGCCCGAAUGUUACCGUUGAAGAUGCUGUGGAGCAGAUAGAUAUCGGUGGCGUAACUCUUUUGAGAGCAGCGGCCAAGAAUCACUCUCGGGUCACCAUUGUGUGUGAUCCUGCUGAUUAUCCUUUGGUCGCCAAGGAGAUGCAGAAUUCAGGAGACAAAGAUACAACCCUGGAAACCCGCAGGACUCUGGCUCUCAAAGCGUUCACACACACAGCGCAGUACGACGAGGCCAUAUCAGACUACUUCAGAGGUCAGCACAGCCGUGGUGUUUCCCAGUUGCCUCUGCGCUACGGCAUGAACCCUCACCAAGCUCCUGCACAGCUCUACACCCUGCGCCCAGCCCUCCCCCUCAAAGUGGUCAAUGGUUCCCCCGGCUUCAUUAACCUCUGUGACGCUCUGAACGCCUGGCAGCUGGUCAGAGAGUUAAAGAACGCCCUCGGCAUGGCUGCUGCCGCCUCCUUCAAACACGUCAGCCCCGCUGGCGCUGCAGUUGGAGUUCCUCUGACUGAGGAGGAAGCCAAAGUGUGCAUGGUGCAUGACAUGCUGACUGGUCUCACACCACUGGCGACAGCUUACGCCAGAGCAAGAGGUUCAGACAGAAUGUCUUCUUUUGGAGACUUCAUCGCUGUCUCAGAUGUGUGUGACGUCCCCACCGCCAAGAUUAUCUCCAGAGAGGUUUCUGAUGGUAUCAUUGCUCCUGGUUAUGAUGAGGAGGCGCUCAAGAUCCUCUCCAAAAAGAAGGGCGGCAACUACUGUGUGCUGCAGAUGGAUCCGGACUAUGAGCCUGAUGAGACCGAGGUGAGAGUGUUGUUUGGUCUCUACCUGAAACAAAAGAGGAACGGAGGUCUCAUCAAUAAGGAGUUCUUCAGCAACGUUGUCUCCAAGGGUUCUCUGUCUGAGGAAGCUGAGCGUGACCUCACCGUGGCCACCAUCGCUGUCAAGUACACUCAGUCGAACUCUGUCUGCUACGCUAAAGACGGACAGGUGAUCGGUAUCGGUGCAGGUCAGCAGUCUCGUAUCCACUGCACCCGCCUGGCAGGAGAUAAAGCUGAUAACUGGUGGCUGAGACACCACCCUCGCGUCCUCGGCAUGAAGUUCCGCAGCGGAGUGAAGAGAGCAGAGAUGGCCAAUGCAAUCGAUCAGUAUGUCAGCGACACCAUCGGAGAGGGCCCAGACUUGGCGGUCUGGAAGUCGAUGUACGAUGAGGUGCCUGAGCCUCUGUCAGAGACUGAGAAGAAGAACUGGAUCAGCUCCCUGCAGACUGUGGCUGUCAGCUCUGACGCCUUCUUCCCCUUCAGAGAUAAUAUAGACCGUGCCAAACGGAGCGGUGUCGAGUACAUCGCAGCUCCGGCGGGUUCUGCUGCUGACGCUGUUGUGAUUAAUGCCUGUAACGAGCAGGGCAUCACUCUGGUGCACACCAACAUGCGGCUCUUCCAUCACUGAGCACCUCAGCUCUUGUUCAGGUGUUCUUCAUGCUGCACUCACAGUUUAGCAUUAUCACUGAGUCCUAAUCUUUUUCUAACCUCACUGAUACUCAAAACAUUCCUCCCCUCAUCAUGCUGCAGCUUAAAGGUCACAGCUUCACUGUUUUGUAACACAUCUUUUGCAUUCCUGACUUGUGAACUUACAUUAGAGCGAUACAGCGACUGUUAACAUUCGUUCUAGGUCAUUCACUUUUCA